GUACUGUGCAAGGCUAAACUGUACUGUAUUUUUAUCUUUGCCCUUCGCACCUUUAUGAGGUAACCUAGGCCUAGAUAUUUCAAGAUAAACAUUAAUUACGUCUUUGUCGUUUAAUUUGCGAGUUUUGGCAUCAUUAUUAAACGCUCGAAAUCUGCAUUUCAGUAGUGUAUGUUUUUUUUUAAAUAUCAAAGCUAGUACGACGUCUUUGGUCUCGGUGGUCUUGUAUAUUCGGACGCGAACAGAGGUACGUGCCAGUAAUGACGUAAAGUUCGCAUCGUAUAAUCAAGUCACGGUUCAUAAGAAAUCAAGUGGAGAGUUGGAACUUUGCACGACUUCCGAGCAGUGGUGAAAGAGGACCGUAUCGAUUGCUCUUUGAAUCUUCAGUGAAUCACUGGCAUGGCGGGCGGGGACGAGAUCGCCACGGAGCAGAUGAAGGACGAGCCGCUGCUGGGACUGCUGGACGUGGCGCUGCUGGCGGCCAUCUUGUGCGCGGGCGCCUGGUGGCUGUUCCGCGGCAAGCGCAAGAGCGAGCCGCCCAGCGCCGCCAAGUCCUACACCAUUCAGCCGACGGCGCUGGCCACGCAGAGCACGGAGACGUCCUUCAUCAAGAAGCUGAAGACGUCGGGCCGCAGCCUGGUGGUGUUCUACGGCAGCCAGACGGGCACCGGCGAGGAGUUCGCCGGCCGCCUCGCCAAGGAGGGCAUCCGCUACCGCCUCAAGGGCAUGGUGGCCGACCCCGAGGAGUGCGACAUGGAGGAGCUGACGGCGCUGAAGGAGAUCCCCAACUCGCUGGCCGUGUUCUGCCUCGCCACGUACGGCGAGGGCGACCCCACGGACAACGCCAUGGAGUUCUACGAGUGGCUGCAGAGCGGCGACGGCGACCUGUCGGGCCUCAACUACGCCGUGUUCGGCCUGGGCAACAAGACGUACGAGCACUACAAUGAGGUGGGCAAGUACGUGGACAAGCGGCUGGAGGAGCUGGGGGCCACGCGCGUCUUCGAGCUGGGCCUGGGGGACGACGACGCCAACAUCGAGGAGGACUUCAUCACGUGGAAGGACCGCUUCUGGCCUGUGGUGUGCGAGUACUUCGGCAUCGAGGCGACCGGGGAGGACGUGAGCGUGCGCCAGUACCGCCUCACCGAGCACACGGACGCUAACCUCGACCGCGUGUACACCGGCGAGAUGGCGCGCCUGCACUCGCUCAAGAACCAGCGCCCGCCAUUUGACGCCAAGAACCCAUUCUUAUCGAAGAUAAAGGUGAACAGGGAAUUGCACAAGACUGGAGAUCGCUCGUGUAUGCACAUUGAAUUUGACAUUGAGAACUCCAAAAUGCGAUAUGAAACAGGCGACCACCUAGCCGUGUACCCGCAGAACAACACGGAGCUGGUGAACAGGCUGGGUGAGCUGCUGUCUGUCGACCUGGAUACCGUCAUCACUCUCACCAACACCGACGAGGAGUCGACGAAGAAGCACCCGUUCCCGUGCCCGUGCUCGUACCGCACGGCCCUGUCGCACUACCUGGACAUCACGAGCAACCCCCGCACACACGUCCUCAAGGAGAUCAUAGAGUACACCCAGGACCCCAAGGACCAGGAGCUGCUGAGGCUGAUGUCGAGCAACAGCGUGGAGGGCAAGCAGAAGUACACCCAGUGGAUCAUCCAGGACAACCGCAACAUCGUGCACAUCCUCGAGGACCUGCCCUCGUGCAAGCCGGCGCUGGACCACCUGUGCGAGCUGCUGCCGCGCCUGCAGGCCCGCUACUACUCCAUCUCCUCCUCCCCCAAGGUACACCCCGACACGGUGCACAUCACGGCGGUGCUGGUGCAGUACGAGACGCCCACCAAGAGGACCAACAAGGGCGUGGCGACGACGUGGCUGGCGGCGAAGCAGCCCGCCGGCGGCGACGACGAGCGCUGCGUGGCUCCCAUCUACAUCCGCAGGUCGCAGUUCAGGUUACCCACCAGACCGCAGGUGCCGAUAAUAAUGAUUGGUCCAGGGACGGGCCUGGCUCCGUUCCGCGGGUUCAUCCAGGAGCGCAACCAGUUGAGGGAAGAAGGCAAGCCAGUGGGGGAGACCAUCCUGUACUUCGGCUGUCGCAAGAAGAGCGAGGACUUCAUCUACGAGGAGGAGCUGACGGAGUACGUCAACAACGGCACGCUAAAGAUGCACGUGGCGUUCUCGCGCGACCAGAAGGAGAAGGUGUACGUGACCCACCUCCUGGAGCAGAACAAGGACGAGCUGUGGCGGGUCAUCGGCGAGAACAACGGCAACCUGUAUGUGUGCGGUGACGCGAGGAACAUGGCGCGAGACGUCCACAACAUAAUCGAGAAGGUGGUCCAGGAGAAGGGCGGCAUGACGGAGUCGCAGGCCGCCACCUACGUCAAGAAGAUGGAGGCGCAGAAGAGAUACUCGGCGGACGUGUGGAGCUGAGCUGCGACGCUGCGGCCAACCCCAGUCCAGCGAUGGGUCUCCCGAUCGGUGCGCAGUGCAGCGCUUCUGGUCUGCCGGCGUUGAGUUUUGUCUGGGGGCCCUCCUCCGCGAGACGCUUCCAGAGACCAUCGGACUGGAAGUCGCGUGGAGCGAGGACUCUCUAACCGGCCAGCUUGUUCGGGAAGACAACUGCGUCAGUGUUUUAAAUGCAAAGUCGUGGAGUGACAAUUGUUGACCCUCCAAGUGCUAUCGUUGAUUUUAUCCUAUUUAACUAAAUAUUUUAAAUAUUACUGCUUAUAUAAAUAGGCAUGUUUUAUUUUAUUUUGAGGUUGCUAAUUCGUCCAGAGGAAUAAUGAAUGCCAGUAAUAGUUAAUUUGGAGUACAUUAGAUUUUUUUUAUAGGAACCAGGUUUUAUAUGGGCGAAGGAAAUAUUCCAUAUUAAGUGAUGCAUUUUAUAAACUGUUAUUUAAAUGCUCGGAAAAAAAUACAUUCCACACUGUGCAUUUUAAGAUGAGAUUUUAAUUUCAUAUAGAUUUACAGAAUAUGUAUUGUACAUCAAAAUAAAUCACACUACUUGUGGGAUAACAUUUGUGUUCAUGAAUCGUAAAUAUCAUGAAAGCUAUGUAAUUAAGAUUGAUAAUGAAUUUGGAGUACGAAAUGAGAAAUGAGCCCUGUUCAGAGUUUUGAUAACUUUUCCCCGCACCUGUUGCCUGAACAGUUGCUUUUUUGGCCAGUUUAUGAAAUUAUAGUCUAUUUUUAAAAUUGACUCUCUAUUCAUGCCACCAUCUGUUUGGAAAUGCAUUGUCACUGUCAGUUGGAAUUACUGCAUGUAUACAUUUAUUGUGAGUUCAGCAUUUUCGAAUUUGCUGAGCAUUGAUGUUUAUUGGACAAGAACUGAGGCCUUAUUCUGUUAUCUUCCGACAACCUUAAGUUAUUGCUUAGUUGUAUUGUGUGUCUAUAAUGACCUGUGCCACUGUAGCUUAUCUUAAAUUUUUAUGUUGUUGAUAUAACAAACACCUUUUUCCAAAUCACAGCAACAAAAACCUUAAUCCAACAAACUUAAAGGAGCAAACUACCAGUGUAUAAACAAACUUCAAAAAAAAAUUAUAUGUUAUGUAAAAUUUGUUAUUUUUUCUUGAGCUAGUGAAAUGUGACUGUGGCAGAAUUCACCAAUGAAGAGACCAUCUCUGCAUGCCUCUGAAUAGUAGGUAGUUGUUUCCUUCACAAGUAAGCAAACUGACUUUAAGAAGAAUUAAGUUUGAAACAUUUAAGACAUCCCAUUACAAACCUGGAAGUUUGUAUGCUGGGUGUGAUUAAUUUUUCAGUUAAAUAGUGUACAUUGUGGUGAAAUCUAUAUAUUUAAAAAAAAAAGAUGUUGAUAAAAUAGUUUUUUUUGUAUUAAAUUUAAAAUGUUGUAUAA